UUUGCUUGAUGUGUUUUAGUGGUCCGAAAGGAGGAGGUUUGAAAUUGCUGGAUUGGUUGCCACUGUCUUAAGAGCCCAUUUACAUGCCUAUGAUCCAGUUUUCUCAAUGACUUUGAUAUAUUUAAUAAGCAUACACAAGGGCUUUUGUCUUCGUCAAGGAAUUUCAUCACCCAUUUCAGACCUUAAGACGAGGUUGCUUCUAGAGGAGCGUGACCCCCCAGCAAUUCCCCAAGAGAGCCUGUCUGAAGCACCUCCUUUUGAUGAGGUGGACAUACAAGCUCUAGCACACGCUGUAGAACUUACAAGGCAGGGAGCAGUAGAUAGUUUGAGAUUUGCUAAGGGUGAUUUGUUUCAGGCUUUUCAGAACGAAAUAUGUAGAAUGAGAGUUGAUGUUACCCUGCUUGAUGAGCUUGUUCGCGAGUACUGUGUUUAUAGGGGCAUUGUGGAUGCUGGUCUUGCAUCUUCUUCUGUUGUACCUGGAAUGCAAAGCCCUUCCAAAUCUAUUUAA